UGAAUCUUGCGGUUUGCCAAGCCAAAAGGAGCAUUCUGCGUAAAGAGAAAAAGCAUGUGCAUGAGAAUAUUCUGGAAUUCUUAGGGAGCAGGGAGAGUUUCUCUGUGGAUUUGGAGAAGGACUGGCUGGGCUGCGGGAGGAUGGUGGGUGAGGUGGGCAGGGUCAGUUAUAUCACGGCACAGCUGAUCAGAAUUUGGUGUCUUUUUGCAGUCCACAGGGUUGGCAGAAUGUACCUCUAAACGGGUUGAUCUGAGGUAUGAUCGUAAUAAUAAUGAUGAAUGUUUAAAUUUUGAAAGUUUAUUACAGUAAAAGACACACUGGCAUUAGUCCCCUCAAAAUAGUCCUCCCUUGUUCUACUUAUGAAGUCUCCAGCCCACCUCCCCUGUUUCUGUCCUGUUGGGCUGUCUUUGACUUGGAUUUUACCAGAACGCAUGCCCGCAGUCUGGCUGCCUUGUCUACUAACUGCCAUAUUCCCCCCGGCUUUGAACACAUUUGUCUCAUCAUUUUUGCCACGUUCUAAGGAGAUUCUCUUUCAUGAGUGUAUUUCUGAGGUGUGAUCAGAACUAUGGUGAGUGCUGCACCCGAGUGCCGGCCAGCAGAAAGCCAGGCUCAUAAAAGCAUCACAGUGUGUCUUCAUCCACCUCAUUCACCACGUCUGACACCUGGCAACUUCUGGCUCCUCCCCAAAGUGAAGAUGACCAUGAAAAUAAACAUUUUAAAUUGAUUCAGGACAUCAAGGACCCAGGUCAAUGCAGAUAAAGACACCCAGGAAAGAAGACUUCCAGAAAUGCUUCAGAAAGUGCCAAACACAAUGGAAUCCUGUGCUUGAAGCGGGUGGUCAUAUUUUAAGAGAGAUCAAUGGCAAGAUAUCUUUCUCUGUAACAAAAACAAACAAAAAUGAAACAUUCACUGUAUUUCUCAAUCCUGCUUCAUAUUUGUAUCAGCUUGUGUUAGAAACAGGACGCUGACUGCAAGUCAGGUUCAGGCAGAUGCGCUUGAGGAAGGAGGCCCCGUGGAGGCUGUGUGCUUUGGCUAAGGGAGGAAGCAGGCUGGAGUGAGGCUUGAGGAGCAGGUAAGUCAAGGGAGAUGGGGGUUGGGAGGGACAGGCUGAGGAGAGGAAAGACACCGGGCUUUUUGGACCCGGGCCCAGGAGAAUGGCCACACAUCUAAAGGCCAGCUACGUGGACCCAUCUCCGUGGAAAUAUCUGUUGGAGUGGCUCUUGAUUUAAGAAGAAACUUUUUGGUUUCAGAACUCUUUUGUACCCCUGAAUAUUUUGAAGGACAUCCAAGAGCUUUUGUUGCUGAGGGUUAUAUCUACCUAUUGAAAUAUACUUUGAAAAAAAGAAAAAAAAAAAAAAAGAAAUAUACUUUGUUAGAAACUAAAACUAAGAAAUAGAAAAUGAAUCCAUGUAUUUUUAGACAGCAAUAAGCCAAUUAAACCUUUAUGAGAACUCUAUCUUCCAAAACAACACGAAAAAGGUAAGAAAAAUGGUAUGAUUUUUUUCACGUCUCUUUAUGUCUAGUUUCAUAAAAGACAGCUGGAUUCUCAUAUCUGCUUUUGCAUUUAAACCAUAGCAAUACCAUAGGACAGAUAGCCUCUGGAAUGUUUCAUGGGAUACUCAUGAGAGGCAGAGGGUAAAAUAAGCAAAUUAUCUCUCCGUAUUACUAUGAAAUUGUUAUUGAAAUUAUCGUUAUGAAAUUAUGAGUUAUUAUAUUUUUUACCUCAUGGAUUCCCUGAAAAAGUCUUGGGGCCUCCAGGGUUCUCUAGACUACCCUGUGAGAACCACUGAAUUAGACACUUGGCAGUCUCUGUUGAAUGCCAGCCUUCUGAGCUCCCGCAGCACUCCGUUUACGUAGUGUGCAUGUGCGUGGCGUUGUGUGGUGUGGUUUACAGCUGUGUGUGUGCUCCGUAGGAGGUCGUGUAGGGGCUGCAGGAUGGCCUGGGCAGGGGCUCUGCACUGAAGGAGGAGCAGAGGAAAGAGCUGGAAAGAGGUUGGGGGAGAAUCAGGCCAAGCUAGGUAGUCUGAAGGGGCAUACAGUUUCAAGAAGAGAAAGUCCCUGACUUUAAAAUUGAAAAUAAUGAGUCAGUGUGGUUCACAGAGUCAAAAGGAGCAGACGGGUUGGGUGAGGCAAGGGUCGUGAAGAUACUUUUGCACUUGGCAGUUAGAAGGUGACCCUGGGGGUAGUUUCAGUGCUUCAGCGGGGGUGGCACCAUCCUGGGCAGAGAUGGAGCGGGAGAUGAGCGAGUGAGGACUGCAGCAGAGGCUGUCUAUCCAGGGCUUGGUUGUGAAGGGCCCUCUGCGUGCCAGACCCUGACCUCGCUAGCUCUGCCCCAGCCCCUGUACUACAGGGAGAGGCCAGUGAGAGAAUUCGAAGGCCAAGUGGGAGCCGGCACAGUCAUGGAUGCAGCAAAGGAUUCAGAUGGAAGAAUAGGAUAACAGGUGAGGGACCAGCAAUGCUGAGAAAAGGACAACAUAAAGAGAAUGUGCAAAAAUCUUCAGGGAGCAGGAUUUCUAACAGAGAAAAAUGGAAGACAACCUAAAUUUCCAUCCUUUGACAUAUGACUAAGCCAUGGAAGGCAACAUCCAUCCAUCCAUCCAUCCAUCCAUCCAUCCAUCCAUCCAUCCCUCAACAACUAUACAUUGAAAUUCAGCUGUGCCAGGGCUGAUUCAGAUUCUAGGGAUACUAUAGGCAGCAGGACAAGUAAAUUGUCCUGGAAAAAAAUUUCCAAAAUGCAUUUGUAAUAAGAAAGGGAAGUUGCCAAACAAUAUGUCCAGUGUGGCAUCAUUUAUGUAAAAGUCAGACCAAACAACCCUAAAACAGUCUUUGUUUGUAUCUAUUAAUUUUCAAGUUAAAUGUGUAGAGAAAAUGCUGAAGACAUGCAAACAUGAGCAGACUUAGCAAGGGAGGCCCUGGGGAGUCAGGGUCUGUAGUACUCUUUAUACUCUUGUGUUGUUUGACUUUUUCACAGUAAAUAUAUUUUCAUGAUUAGGGCUAUAUUUGAAAUUUCUUUGGAAGGAUGUAGAUCUUUGCAGGUGGAAGAGAGAUCAGCUUGUCCCAAGUGCUCAUGUUGGUUUAGUCAUCAUCUCCUUCUGAAAAUACCAUAGUGAGAAAUAACUAUUUUCCAAAACAAAAGAAUCAGUCCCCUCCCGCCACCUCAUCACCCCACAGGUGUAGCCCAGGCAGUAAUGCUGGAGAGGAAGGGUCUGAUCUGGUCUCCUUCUGACUUCAAAUAUUUAUCCUUCUCUGUGUCCACAUUUCAUCUUCCUGUGCGGACUGGUGAGUCACUGGACAAGGGCCAAUGCUGAUGACUUUGUUUCAAAGGUCCUAUCUCCAAGCACACUCACGCUGUGAGGUCCUGGCUUUAAGAACUUCAAUGUGGGAAUCUGUGGGCCACCAUCCAGCCCUGCACAGAGCCUCAGGCAUAUUUCCUUGGCCUGCUCUGAGUGCCGGGUGCCCUGCUCAGCACCUGCCACCCUGGGGUGUGGUUGGUGAACCCUGCACAGGCGCGUUGGGGUAAAGGCCUUUGAGAAUGCACAAGCGCAGCAGUGUGAUUGCAUCUGCGGCUCCCCAACCACACUGAGCAACUGAAAAUCCCCAAGGGGACCAGGCUUAAGGUGAUUUCCUGACUGAUAAGGCCGGAGCAAGGGAGUGUGUACACAGCUUGCCCUCAGUUACCUGGCAGCCUUGUUGCCACACUGCAUAGAAAGCACCUGAUGGACAUUGUUUUUCCUUCAGCUCAUGCCUGUGGGACUCUGCCAGGACGAAGCUGGGGGCAGGACCUACACAAAGUGCUGGCUGGUACAGUAUGGAGCGCUCGAACAAGAUGGAGUUCUUCCAGAAGCUGGGCUACAGCCAGGAGGAUGUGGUCAGGGUGCUGGACAAGCUGGGUGACAGUGCCCUGGUCAAUGACGUGCUGCAGGAGCUGAUCCGGACAGGCAGCCGCCCUGCAGCUCAGGAGGUCCCAGACAGCAGCACUGGGCCCCUGCUUGUUCCCAGGGGCACCUGUGGGGCCCGAGACUCUGUCUGGCGGGGCCCAGGGCCAGCCCGGGAAGAGGACUCCUGUGACCUGGCCAGUUCUCUGCGUCCCAUAGUGAUUGAUGGCAGCAACGUGGCAAUGAGCCAUGGAAAUAAAGAAGUCUUCUCUUGCCGGGGAAUCCAGCUGGCUGUGGACUGGUUCAAGGACAGAGGACACACCUACAUUAAAGUUUUUGUCCCAUCCUGGAGGAAAGAGCCAUCCCGAUCUGAUACCCCGAUCAGAGAGCAGCACGUGCUGGAGGAGCUGGAGCGGCAGGCGGUGCUCGUGUACACCCCGUCCCGCAAGGUGAACGGCAAGCGGGUGGUCUGCUAUGACGACCGCUACAUUGUGAAGGUGGCCUAUGAGAAGGAUGGUGUCAUCGUCUCCAAUGACAACUACCGAGAUCUGCAGAGCGAGAACCCUGAGUGGAAGUGGUUCAUUGAGCAGAGGUUGCUCAUGUUCUCCUUUGUCAAUGAUAGGUUCAUGCCUCCUGACGAUCCCCUGGGCCGCCAUGGACCCACCUUGAGCAACUUCCUGAGCAGGAAGCCGAGGCUCCCAGAGCCAUCCUGGCAGCACUGCCCCUAUGGCAAGAAAUGCACCUACGGCAUCAAGUGCAAGUUCUACCACCCGGAGAGGCUGCACCGCGUGCAGCUGGCGGUGGCAGACGAGCUGCGCGCCAAGACGCGGGCCCCGCCGGCUCCUCAGGAGCCCGGCACGCACAGCCUUGCCCCCGCGGCCCUGGCCGCCCUGCGAGGGGGCUUCUCGCGGUUGGCCGUCAGCGACAACUGGGUACCCACAGGCGGUGGCAUGGGCAGCGCCGGGCAGCAGUGCCCCGGAGAGCUGGGGCCAGGCCUGAGCAGCCUCCCACCCCAGCGGAGCCCGAGCGCCCCUGGCAACCUCCCGUCCCAGCUGUGUGCACAGGCCCAGCAGUGGGGCACACCCGGCUCCAGGGUCCUGCUUCUCCCACGCAGCCCGCCUGAAGACCCUUGGGCCCCACCGCCCAGCUCGGACAGCUUUCUGGGUCGCUCGGUCUGGGCAGAGCCAGUAUGGGGCGACAGCGCCCUUGGGGGACCUUAUGGUCUGCGCUCCCCCCAGAUGGAGCGCAAAGUAGAAGCGCAUGCUCCAGCAGCGUCUUUCCGCUAGACCUGGCGGACCCCGGGGUGGCCUGGAUCCCAGUUCCUUCCCACUGGGCCAGGCGCAUCUGGCUCAGGCAGACAUGGGACAGGGCUGGUCCCAGUGAGUGGCUUAGUUUUGCCUGACAACUUCAGGAAGUGGACCGAUUGAUGGUUGCCAGCCUGGGCCUGAGUCCACUCCAACAGGACCUCUUUUCUUUACAUUGGUCAGAAGAUCUGCUUUCUCCUCUUUGACAGCAGGUGCCCCCAUGGUGGCACUUGGUGACCCUCACUGAGGGUCUGCACCGUGCGGGGAGCCUUGGUCUAAAACAUCUGUUUGUGUCCAGCUGCAAGUGGGUCACAAAAUCAAUUCAGUGUUGGCGGCACACUUGUAAUCCCAGCACUCCGGGAGACGGAGGCAAGAGGAUUGCAAGUUUGACCCCAGCCUGGGUGAUUUAAUAACUUAGUGAGACCCUGUCUCAAAAUAAAGACAUUUGAAAAGGGCUGGGGGUAUAUUUUAGUGAUAGGCCUUGGGUUAAAUUCCUAGUACCAAGAAAGGGAAAACAAUUCAGUGGGUCAUCUCCACACAUGAACAGAAUAGGACAUAUCAGAACAUACCCCCUGUAAUCAGGCUGAGUAUAAGCUCAUUUCUAGAUGUGCGUGCCUGUGCAACUUGGAAAGCCGUGUAAACUUGAUGUGAUUCAUGGUUGAAAGUUUGAAAAAAGUUAGUGAAUGAUCAUGAAUUUCAUUGCAUCAAAUAAUGUUUGAAAUACGUACUCUGGUGGCCAGGGGACGUUUGCUAUGGGAAGUUUUCAGGUUACCCAUUGCUAACCUCAUCCACAAGGGGACCCAGCACUGCAGUGUGGCUGUGUGGGAUUGCCAGAAGGUGGGGCCACUUGACCCCCAGGGCCUGCUCAGGGGCCCUCUGCCCCCAUCUGUGCACAAACAUGGCACCACUUAAAUAUCACACACAUACACACUGCACACCACACAUACACUGCACACCACACAUCACAGUGCACACCACACGUCACGCCGCACACCACACAUACACACUGCUUCGCUCAGUGUUUGGGCUGUCUGUUUUUUUCACCCACCCAGCACAGUAGUUUCUGGCACGAGCGCUUCUAAACCAUACCUUACAGUAAACCUGGGCCCAGGAGUCAGAAGUUUCUGCCCAGGAACGUUCAGGUGCAUCAGCAGAGAGCCGGGCCCUCGUGGGGGAUUUAUUGCCACUAUGGAGUUGUUCUGUUUCCCCCAGACAGCUACUGCUGUGUUCGCGGGAGAAGGGGACAGCCCAUUGGCACUGGACAAGAAAUGAGACAGUGCUGCCGGAGCGUGGAGGCCACACUGUCAGCGGCCCUGGCAUGCCCGGGCGGCACCCACCCGUUCUGGUCGUCAUGACCGCCUUCGAGAUGGUGGCUCCCAUGUUUGUUAGGGGAUUGGUAGCUCAGCUAUUCAGGGAGCAUGUGGGCAUCUGCCCGUGGAAUGUGGUCCUCAAUGCCCUCAAGUCCCUGCUGCCUGGCAAGAGCAUGGAGAAACUCCUUCCAGUUCAUUCCUGGGCUGAACUGCACGUGUGGCUGGCACAGCCAAGGGGGUGCCUCAGAGAGACGCCUUCCAGCUCUUUUAUUCACGGUAAAUGCUGUCCUCUGGGCACACCGCAGUGAUAUGCUGCCAUUCUGCGCCUUUGUGGUACUGGGGAUUGAGCCCAGGGCCUCCUGAAUGCUAGGUAGGCACUCUGCCACUACGCUAUACCCCCUGCCUUUUUUCUUUUUGUAUUUCAACACAGGGUUUUGCUAAGUGGUCAAGGCUGACUUCAAACUUGUGGUCUUCCUUCCUCAGCCUCCCCAGUAGCCGGCAUUGCAAAUGCUCAGUGUCUUCUCUUUAACCCCUGUUCUUACCUGGCCCGAGCCAGGUCUAUUCCUUACUUCCUUUUCCUAAGGAGAAUGCUGUGCCCACAAGGCUGCCUUCCCAUUUGGGGGUCUCUGCUCUGAAGAGGCUCGCUCAUCCCAGGGCAGGUGGGUUUGCCUCACGCCUGUGUCCUCUUGACGUGAUGAGCGUGCUGGCUGAGCAACCUUUGGUUUCUCUGGCUUUCUGUCCUGAUGGAGAAUCACUGGAUCGCUUAUUUACAGUUGGAAAUGUUUAAACUGCUUCCUUUGAGGACAAGUUUGAGUUUUAGUAAGCUGUAAAGCUAUUAUGUUUGGUUCAAUGGGAUGAAGAUAAGUGCCCUGCUCAGGAAAGGUGACAAAACAGCACAUUUCAAGUGUAAUCCCCUUUGGAAUUUUUCCAAAGUCUUAGUAUGUCUUUGUGACACAAAACAUAGAUGGCACUGGUAAAUGGAAUGUUCCUACUUGCGUGGCGGUUACUGUGCUCCAGAAAUAAAGCCCUUUUACCACA